ACGCUACUUCUGGGUUUCUAUAUAUUGUGGGAUAAUUUUCUCAGUAUAUUUUUUUUCAAUUCACGAAUUACUGUAGAUUGUGGAGUAAAAUAUUUAAGCCAUUUCCGUCAUUUGGGAAUCCUCCAGUCCUGCAGCAGAAGACAACAUGGCGGGCUUGUGUCGGUCAGCUCUCAACCUUCUGCGGUCAUCAGGAGUCCGCCAGCUCAGCACUGAUGUAAAGACUGUCACGCUGAUCCCAGGUGAUGGCAUUGGCCCGGAGAUUUCUGCUGCCGUACAGAAGAUCUUUUCUGCAGCCGAGGUUCCCAUCGCCUGGGAGGAGGUGGACGUUACCCCUGUGAAGGGACCAGAUGGCAAGUUUGGCAUUCCUCCAGCAGCCAUUGAGUCUGUCAACCGGAAUGGCAUUGGACUGAAGGGCCCCCUCAUGACUCCAGUGGGCAAGGGCCAUCGCUCUCUCAACCUGGCCAUCCGUAAGGAGUUCAGUCUGUAUGCCAACGUGAGACCGUGCCGCAGUGUGGAGGGCUAUGAGACACUCUAUCGGGAUGUGGAUGUGGUGACCAUCCGAGAGAACACAGAGGGAGAGUACUCCGGCAUAGAGCACGAGAUUGUUGACGGUGUGGUGCAGAGCAUUAAGCUGAUCACUGAGCCAGCUUCCCGCAGGGUGGCUGAGUAUGCCUUCCAGUACGCCCGCAGCAAUGGCAGGUCCAAGGUGACGGCAGUGCACAAGGCCAACAUCAUGCGCAUGUCGGAUGGACUCUUCCUCCGGUGUUGCCGAGAGACUGCCGAGAAGAAUCCGGACAUCAAGUUUGAGGAGAAAUACUUGGAUACGGUGUGCCUCAAUAUGGUGCAAGAUCCCUCUCAGUAUGACGUGCUGGUCAUGCCCAACCUGUACGGAGACAUCCUCUCUGAUCUCUGUGCUGGCCUGGUGGGGGGCCUGGGCCUCACACCCUCAGGGAACAUAGGGGAGGGUGGUGCUGUGUUUGAGUCUGUCCACGGCACUGCUCCAGACAUUGCUGGUCAGGACAAGGCCAAUCCUACGGCCCUCCUCCUGUCAGCGGUGAUGAUGCUGCGCUACAUGGAUCUACACAAACACGCUUCCGUCAUUGAACAGGCCUGCUUUGAGACCAUCAAGGAGGGUAAUUUCCGCACUGGUGAUCUAGGUGGCUCUGCAAAGUGUUCUGAGUUCACUGACGAAAUUUGCCGUAAGAUUUCCAACUCAUAAUGUUAGUCUUCCAGGUUCAGUAUAAAUGGAGAGGUGAAUAAGAUGAUCAGAUCUGUAGUACUUAAAAUAUUUAGAUGAAAUAAAAAUGCAGAAUCCAAAUUAGCUACUGAAAUAUUUCAUUUUAUAUGCUUUAGUUAUUCUUUUGUUAACUAGAUUUUGUUACUGCUUGUCAAGAAAAUGCUGUGGCACUUGUUGAGCAGCCACACUGAUCUCAUGAAAAUAAAAAAAAGCAAAAAUGUUUGAACUAAAAAUUAGAUUUUAUCUUAGUAUUGAAAAGACGAAAAUAAAAAUGUUUGAACAAAAAAACUAGUAUUGAAAAGACAAAAAAAGUUAGUCAGUAGCAACAAAGAAAAUGUACUAAUGAAGUUAGGAAAAAUUAAUGUUGAUCUUAUAUUGAAAAGUUGUUUGUUAAUAGAAGAUAGAUUUUCUUAAUCAAAAUGUCAAACAUUAGUAGUUUACUGUAAACUAUCUACCUAAUUUAAAUGUUAUGUAUAUAGUGAGUGAAAUGUCUGUUAAUAUUCUGUACAUAAAAUAAAUGUUGUAUCUAA